CACUGGGCCUGCGGCCUGGUUGCUAGGCGGAAGCGGAGCGCGGCGGCGGCUGCCGGGGCGUUUGAAAAGCGUCCGAGCCGGCGGCAAAAGACCCCGCUUCUGGCCGCGGCCGCCACCAUGGUCUCCAAGUCGGACCAGCUGCUCAUCGUCGUGUCCAUCCUAGAAGGUCGCCAUUUCCCCAAACGUCCAAAGCAUAUGCUUGUAGUAGAAGCAAAGUUUGAUGGAGAACAAUUGGCUACUGAUCCUGUGGCUCAUACUGACCAGCCGGAAUUUGCUACUGAGCUGGCCUGGGAAAUUGAUAGGAAAGUGCUUCAUCAGCACAGGUUACAGCGCACUCCUGUCAAACUCCAGUGCUUUGCUUUGGAUCCUUCAACUUCUGCCAAGGAAACCAUAGGUUACAUUGUUCUGGACUUGAGAACUGCUCAAGAAACAAAGCAGGCACCAAAAUGGUACCAGUUGCUGAGUAAUAAAUACACCAAGUUCAAGUCUGAGAUACAGAUAAGCAUCACUUUGGAAACAGAUACAAAGGCACCAGUGGAUAGUUUUAAAGCCAAGGGUGCCCCUCCUCGUGAUGGAAAAGUACCUACCAGCCUAUCUGGACUUGACCCAAAGGACAUUGUAGCAGUGCUCAAUGAGGAGGGAGGCUACCAUCAGAUUGGACCAGCAGAGUAUUGUACUGACUCUUUUGUUCUGUCAGUGACUAUAGCAUUUGCCACCCAGUUGGAGCAGCUAAUUCCAUGUAACAUGAAACUUCCAGAAAGACAGCCUGAGUUUUUCUUCUACUAUUCUUUACUGGGAAAUGAUGUUACAAAUGAACCCUUCAGUGAUUUGAUCAACCCAAACUUUGAACCAGAGAGAGCAUCUGUUCGCAUACGUAGCAGUGUAGAAAUUCUUCGUGUUUACCUGGCUCUUCAGUCUAAACUACAAAUCCAUCUCUGCUGUGGAGACCAGUCACUUGGAAGUACAGAAAUACCUUUAAAUGGAUUACUGAAAAAGGGCAGCACAGAAAUUAACCAGCACCCUGUCACAGGAGGUGCUUUUACCCUUGACCCUCCAAACAGAGCCAAGCAAAAGCUCGCCCCUAUUCCUCUGGAGCUUGCCCCAACUGUGGGAGUGUCUGUUUCUCUGCAGAGAGAAGGCAUUGAUUCUCAGUCUUUAAUUGAAUUAAAGACCCAGAAUGGACAUGAGCCUGAGCAUUCAAAGAAGAGAGUUUUAACCCCCAUUAAGGAGAAGACACUUACUGGACCAAAAUCAUCAAGCACGUCCCCUGUUCCGCCUCACAACCAGACACCUCCAACCAAAGAUGACGCAACAGAAAGUGAAGUGGAAAGCCUACAGUAUGAUAAGGAUACAAAACAAAAUCUAAAGGGCAUUAGUUCCUCUGUACCUGCUUCACUGGCUCAGGCAGUGAUUGCAUCCCAUGCUUCAGAAACAACUUCAGGACAGAAGAUUGCUGUUCCAUCAACAGCACAUCAUUUUUGCUUUUCCAUAGACUUAAGGAGUGUUCAUGGCUUGGAAAUUGGUUAUCCUGUCAACUGUGUAUUAAGGUACUCAUAUCCAUUCUUUGGAAGUGCAGCUCCUAUUAUGACUAAUCCUCCUGUAGAAGUUCGGAAAAACAUGGAAGUCUUUCUUCCUCAGUCUUACUGUGCAUUUGAUUUUGCAACUCUGCCUCAUCAACUGCAAGAUACAUUCUUACGUAUUCCAUUGCUGGUUGAAUUGUGGCACAAGGAUAAAAUGAGUAAAGAUUUACUCCUGGGAAUUGCAAGAAUCCAGCUUUCUAACAUCUUGUCUUCAGAAAAAACUCGCUUUUUAGGCUCCAGUGGUGAACAGUGUUGGCGUCAAACUUACAGUGAAAGCGUACCUGUCAUAGCAGCACAAGGGUCAAGUAACAGGAUUGUAGAUCUGUCUUACACAGUGACUCUAGAAGAUUAUGGACUAGUAAAAAUGCGUGAGAUUUUUGUCUCUGAUUCAUCUCAGGGUGUACCUGCAGUACAACAGAAGCCAUCUUCUCUUCCUCCAGCACCCUGUCCUUCAGAGAUUCAGAUGGAGCCUCGGGAAACCUUAGAGUACAAAGCAGCACUUGAGCUAGAAAUGUGGAAGGAGAUGCAAGAAGACAUUUUUGAAAAUCAGCUGAAGCAGAAGGAAUUGGCUCAUAUGCAGGUUCUUGCAGAGGAGUGGAAAAAAAGGGACCGAGAAAGAGAAUCACUUGUAAAGAAAAAGGUGGCUGAAUAUAGUAUUCUAGAAGGAAAACUUCAAAAAACUCUACUUGAGUUAGAGAAGCGAGAGCAGCAGCUUGCCUGUGCAGAAUCAGAGCUUCAAAGAGAGAAAAAGGAGCUGCAGUCAGAACGGGAACGGAACCUGCAAGAACUUCAGGACUCCAUCCGCAGGGCCAAAGAGGACUGUGUUCACCAAGUAGAGCUGGAAAGACUAAAGAUGAGGCAGCUAGAAGACGAUAAACACCGGCUUCAGCAGCAGAUUAAUGAUGCUGAAAAUAAGUAUAAGAUUUUAGAAAAAGAGUUUCAACAGUUCAAGGAUCAGCAAAGUAACAAGCCAGAAAUCCGUCUACAGUCUGAAAUAAAUCUUCUCACCUUGGAAAAGGUUGAACUUGAGAGAAAGUUGGAAUCUGCAACUAAGUCUAAACUGCAUUACAAGCAGCAAUGGGGACGAGCACUGAAAGAACUUGCCAGACUUAAACAGAGAGAACAAGAAAGUCAAAUGGCUCGUCUUAAAAAACAGCAAGAGGAACUGGAGCAGAUGCGACUGCGUUACCUAGCUGCUGAGGAAAAAGAUACAGUAAAAACUGAGCAACAAGAAUUGUUGGAUAUAAGGAAUGAAUUGAACAGGUUAAGGCAACAAGAACAAAAACAGUGCCAGGAUUCCAGAGAGAUUGCGAGUGGAAAAACGGAUGGCCCCCAUGGCUUGGCAUUUGAAGACGGUCUAGAUGACUAUUUGACUCGCCUAAUAGAAGAAAGAGAUACUCUGAUGAAGACGGGUGUGUAUAAUCAUGAGGACCGAAUAAUAAGUGAGCUUGACCGACAGAUCAGAGAGGUUUUGGCUAAAAACAGUGCCAGUAAUUAAUGACAUUUGGAAAAUCCAGAGACUCCAGGUCUAAAUUUUAAUUUCAUUGUAAAACCCUCAAAAGAAGGGAAAGUGGAGAUUUUUAAAUGCUACUUUCAGCUUUUAUAAGCUGAAUUUUGUAUGUUACUGUAUAGUAUUUAUUUGAUUGUAUUUACUUUAUGCUACCUCUCUCCUGCUGGUUUUAAUUGUAGCUGCAUUUUAUAUACUCAUUUGAAUGACUUUUUCAGUGUUUCCUGGUCUUUAAUCUGAUGGCUAACUUUCAAAAUAGCUUUUCACUAAGUUUGCUCUAGAGAAAUGAUUGCAGUAAUUUCCAGUUAUAUAAUUUUUCAUGUUGAGCCAAAAGAGGAUAUGUUGCACUUUAAAGAUGUUGUGUCCUGUUCUAUUUGAUUGUAAAUAUCUUAAAAGUUGAGGCCAGUUCUAAAUGUAGCCAUUUUUAACUCAUUUUAUAGGACCUGUCUUUUUCCCUUAACCUGUAAUAUUUGCAAAUGACAAACUUGAAAACAAAGCAGUAUCAGUGCAGAGAAGCCAUAUUUGUAGUGGGUCACCCAUUAGCCAUUUUGUUUAAAUACAGUCACUACAGAUUAAGCUUGCUUUAAGAACUUCGAAUUGUCAAGUUUUAGUGUUCUUUUAGAAAAGGAGUUAAUAGCCUUCUCUGUCAUUCUCCUGCUCAAGAUUGCUUUGCCUCUUGUUAAAAUUAGAUGUUUUUUAUUUUUCAGUAAUAGAGAAGUACUAGCUAGUAAACCCUUUGUAAUAGAGUAUGGAAACAGACACAAAAGCUUUAGUGAAAAAAACAAGUGAAUCUUACCUAUUCUUUUACUCCCUCCAAUUUUAAUCAUUCUUUUUCACAAGUUGAUGAGAUGAAGUCCUUGGAUUCAUGCAGUGCCACAUCUGUGUAAAUUUUAAAGUCCUUUUACAUCAUACUCUUCACAGUCAACUUUUGUCCUCAAAGCAACAUUUUCCAAAUCCUUUUACAUAGUACUUGAAAAAGUUUACCAGCAAAUUCACAAGUUAGGUUGGGUCUUAAAAUAUAUGUAGUUAAAAAAUUCUGAUUUCCAAAUAUAAUAAGUUUAAAGUUUACUUUAGGAAGCACAUACUGUUAGCCAAUAACUUUAAGAAAAGCAGAAUAGGUUAUCUGGUAAUGUUAAUUUUUCUGUUAUUUUCAGCAAAGGAUAUUUCUUGUUUGGGAAAUUAAAGUCCUAUAUACAUUAUUUGUAUUUUUUCUUUUAUUAACAAACUAUUAAUCUCCUAAAAAAUCCCAGCAAUAAAUAACAGAAAGAAGUUACUGAAUGAGAGGGUAAUGAAUCAUUUAAUCAUAGCAGAAAUUUGAAAGAUUAAUUAUAGUUAGAUAUCUUCCCUCACUGAUUUUUAUGUCACAUGAAUCAAACAAAAGUAUUCUUUAAGUAAAAUACUGGUUUACCUUCACUUACAUUGUGUGAUGCCUGUAACUUUUCAAACACUAGAGGGGGCCUUAGAUUCAAAGAAACAAGGAUUUUUCUAAAAUGUGUGGUUUAUUUACCUUCUGGAAAGCCGUCUUUUGGCUACUGUAAUUUGACAAAUAAACUCAUCAUUGUAUUCAUAUUUAAGCUCUUGAGUAGUCUAUUUUGUUACCAAACAGAGUAGGCAAAGUACUUGACUCAUCCUCUUUCAAGUCACUUUGUUGGUUUUAUUUUUUUCUCAAGUGCUUACAUUGCAAAUACUUUUAUAUAUCUUAGAAUUAGGACAGUGUGAAAUUUUAACAUUCUUUCAUAGCCUUUCAGCCACAGCCAUACCAUUUGUAAGUGGCAUUUUACAUAUUUAUGCUGAUUGCUUUGCGACACUGUUGUCAGUGCCCAUACAUUAACGAGUGUGACCACUGUAGAUAAGUGGUGGGGUAGGUAGGUGAACAGGCUUCUUAAUUACACAUGCAGUAGGAGUGUAUAUUUUCAUCACAUAUUUUAAGGUGAAAUAAAAUUACCCUUAAAAUCUUCAUGCUUAUUUUCAUAGAGAAAGUGCAUAGUUUCCACAUCUAAGGCUGGCAUGUUCUAUAUGAGAGGGUAUGUCAUGUCGACCAAGUAUACCUAGUACUGUAUCCAUGUAAGCUUUCUUUACAGGAGUAUCCCAGUAAUUCUGUCUGGAUGGAGUUCUGUUGCUUCAAGCGGAAGUGGGCAGUUGAGUAUGGUUAAGGAUGUAAGGAGCUUAACACAAACUGCAGGGGAAGCAGUCUAGUCUGACCUGAUGAUUUUCAGCUCUCCUUAUUGCUCUCUCCAUAGACUUCCCAGCCUAAAUCUGCAUUCACAGAGUGCUCAGAUACUUGUCUUUGGCCACCACAGAAUGAACUGACCUGUUUCUUACAGGCUGUAGGAAGGAUCCACCAGUAGAUUUUAAAGCACGGUUCCAUUACCAUUGUGUCUGGCUUGACUGUGAUUUUUUUUAACUGAUAUAGUGAUAUACUAUUUAAAAAUUACCAUUUUACAGUAUACGAAUCCAUGUUUUUUUUUAUGUUCACAAGGUUAUGCAACCAUUAUCACUAUCUAAAACAUUCUCAUCAUCCCUAAAACAAGACCCUGUACUGUUAAGUCACUCCCCAUUUUCCCCUGUGCUCAGCCUUAGUAACCACAGAAAGUAAUCUACCUUCUUUCUCUAUGUAUUUGCCUAUUCUAGACAUUCCAUAUAAAGGGAAUCCCAAAUUUGAUAUUUAAAAUUUAAAGAUAUUGGAAAACCUAAAGUAUAAUUUUUCUAUGACUAGUAUCUAUAGAAUAUAAUAUAUAGCAUUUUAUAGAUGUUGAAUUAAAUGAUAGA